CCGGAGAUUGUUUCGGUCUGAGACCCGUCUCGAUCUCGGUCUGGAUCUCUGGCACUUGGCUUCAGUCUCCAGCGGGUCUUGAGUGCGAACAGACGUGAGCAGAGCAGAGAUCGGUGAACGUAGAUCGCAGAUCGCAGUUUGCAGUGUGAACCAGUGGGCAGAGAUUCGAUAUAGCCUAGGCAAACAUUGCGACGACAUUUCCGAGUGGGAUCGAUCGUGGGAUCUCUCUAGUGUGUGUGUGUGACGCCUCUGCAAAUAUUGGCCAACGGUUAAUGGCCAUGAAGAAGCUCUAUGCCAAGACCUCGUUCACCAGCAAGAAGCCGACCAAUGUCUCGAACUCUUCACCGAUUUUGGCCUAUCACCAUCAGCAGCACCAGCAGCAGCAGCAGCUGCAUCCUAGUGGCAACGGGAUAUGCGAGUUCCAGGUGGCUCCAGCUCCACCCGGAGAGCUGCUAAUCCGUCGCAGCCAGAGUAUGCAUCACAAAAUGUCACCUCCCGUUGGCAAGUCGGAGUAUUAUAGCAUAGAGGAGCUGCAGGAGCUGGAUCUGUUGGAUUAUCGUCAUCCCAUGUAUCAUCACUAUCAGCAGCAGCAGCAGCAACAGCGCUACCAUGAGCACGAGAAGCUGGUGCUGCAGUUGCCCAAGGCUGGACCCAUUUACGAGGCGCCUCAACAGAGAUCUCUUCAGCAGCAGCAGGAUCAGACGUUGUAUGUACCCAGGGAACCAGCUGCAGAUACAGCCUCAUCGAUAGCCAGUUCAUCAUCAUCCACUUUGACCUCAUCAUCCCCUAGCUCCUCUUCGUCUUUGAUCUUUUCCACUCUUCGGAAAUGCGUUUCCCCCUCGAAUUCAUCGAAUACCCCGACGAUUACCAGCCAAUCCUCGCGUACGCAACCCUCCAAACUGGGCUGCUCCAUGUCGUUUUCAAUUAGAACCACAGCAGCAACACUAGCAACAGUCACACAGCAGCAGCAACAGACACAACAGCCGCAGCAGCAACAUCAGCAGCAGCAGACACAACACAAGCCACAUCUCUAUAGCAACAUACAUCAUUAUCUGCUCCAACAGAAACAACAUCACACAUUACAGCGUCGCCACAAUUCGGUCAAAGAUAAAUUCAUUGGGGGCAUUACAACGAUUUUUGCUGAGCAAAGCAUAAUCGGGGCCAGGGCCUCCGUGAUGGUGUACGAUGACAACCAGAAGAAGUGGGUACCCUCGGGCACUUCGUCCGGACUGAGCAAAGUGCAGAUCUAUCACCAUCAACAGAACAACACGUUCCGUGUGGUGGGGCGGAAGCUGCAGGAUCACGAGGUGGUGAUCAAUUGCUCCAUACUCAAGGGACUGAAGUAUAACCAGGCCACAGCCACAUUUCAUCAGUGGCGCGACUCAAAAUAUGUCUACGGUCUCAACUUUUCGAGUCAAAGCGAUGCGGAGAACUUUGCCAGGGCCAUGCAUCAUGCUUUAGAUGUGCUCAGCGGUCGGGUGGCUAAUAAUCCAGGUGGUCAGCCCACUAAUGGCAAUGGUUAUGAGGAGGAUAUGGGGUAUCGCACAAUGACCAGCGAGGAUGCGGCUAUUCUGCGGCAAAACAAUGGCAUUGGCGGCCAUACCACGCCCUCAGCUCAGACGCCCACCUCGCAGACCAAUCAAAACAGCAUCCCCCAGAGCCCGCCGACGCCACAGGGACAUCAUCGCACCAGCAGCGCCCCGCCGGCACCGCAGCCCCAGCAGCAACAGCAGCAGCAGGCGCAGCAGAUGGGUCAACCAGGGUCCCACUACGGACCCACUGGCAAUGGACCCACACCGAAUGGCCUGCCUCAGCAGGUGAAUCCACAGAUACCGCCGGCACCGCAGCAGCAACAGCAGCAGACGCCGCAGCAGCAACAGUUUCAGCAGCAGCAACAGCAGCAGUAUCAACAGAUGGUCCAGGUCCAGGCGGGCUAUGCGCCCAACCAGGUGUAUCAGCAGCCCCACUACGUGCUCUCCAAUUCUAAUCCCAAUCUCACUGUGCAUCAAUACCCAACACAGCAACAGCCCCAACAGCAGCAGCAGCAGCAGGCGCCACAGCCGCCACCGCUCCAAAACGGUGGCAUGUAUAUGGUGGGUCCACCCGGUCAUCUGCCCAGCUCGGCGAGUGCCAACAGUGUGGUCUAUGCCAGCCAGCAGCAGAUGCUACCGCAAGCGCAUCCACAGGCGCCUCAAGCGCCCGCGAUGCCUGGCCCAGGCUAUGGUGGUCCACCAGGACCUCCACCCCAACAGCAAGCGGAGAAUCCCUAUGGCCAGGUGCCCAUGCCGCCGCCCAUGAAUCCGUCACAGCAGCAGCAGCAGCCCGGUCAGGUGCCGCUCAAUCGCAUGAGCAGCCAAAGCGGUGGCGGUCCAGUUGGUCCGCCGGCUCCUGCUCCGCCUCCGCCGCCGCCCAGCUUUGGAGGAGCACCGGGUGCUCCGCCAGCGCCGCCACAGAUGUUCAAUGGCGCACCGCCGCCGCCACAGCCACCGGCACCACCAGCGCCGCCAGCCAUGGGUGGGGGACCCCCACCACCAGGUGGGCCAGGCGGUCCAGGAGCUCCACCUCCGCCGCCACCACCACCAGGCUUGGGUGGAGCGUCCAAAAAAGACGAUCCCCAGGCUGAUCUCAUGGGCUCGCUGGCCUCGCAGCUGCAACAGUUUAAGCUCAAAAAGAAUAAGUCCACCACAUCUGCUCCGGAGAACAGUGGCAGCAGCACCUCCAGUGGAGGCAGCGGCAACUAUGGCACCAUUGGCCGCAGCUCCAAUGGCAUGGCCUCCAUGAUGGACGAAAUGGCCAAGACGCUGGCCAGACGACGCGCCCAAGCCGAGAAGAAGGAUCCCGAGCCAGAGCCCGAGGUGAAACAGCGACCCUGGGAAAAGUCCAAUACGCUGCCCCACAAGCUGAGUGGUGGCGCUGGCAAUGGCUCGGCAGGCCAUGGUGGAGCGAAUGGCAGUUCGGGCGGAGGAGCUGGCAGCAACACAACGAAUAGCGGCGGCGAAUCACCGCGACCCAUGCGAAAGCGAUUCGGCAGUGCCAGCGAGGAGACCAUACUCAAGGUCAAUGGCGAUGGGCUGUCGCUGGCGCUGUCCAAUGGCGAGCUGGACACACUGAAGGCUGAGAUAGUGCGGGAAAUGCGACUGGAGAUCCAAAAGGUCAAGAACGAGAUCAUAGAUGCUAUCAAAUCGGAGUUCAAUCGCAGAUAGAUCAAAGUACUUUCACAUUAAGCGCCAAAAAAACGGGGCAUUGCAGCUCCGCCUCAACUCCCACCGAAUGCGCUGGCAGAUCAGGAUGUGGAGUCAGGAGAGGAGCAGAGCAGCGGCAGCCGGGGGCGUGUAAUUUAAGACAUUCGCAAAGUAUUUCGAGGAUCGAGGCUCGCAACAUUGCCAGAAUGUUGACGGAUCGGUCAGCGAGUAAGAGAAUACGCAUACUUAUGAUGCACUUGCUCUAGGUUAACACAAACAAAACAACAAAAAAGAAAAUAACACAAAAAGCCGAGAGGAGGAGACAAAAAGUUUAGUCAAAGUAAUUAUAUAUUUUAAACGGGAAGGAAGACCGACUUUUCCAAGUUAUGUAACUAAUAACUCAAAUCCCUGUUGUACAUUAUUCUUUGCAUAUAUAAGUCUUUUUUAAGCCAACUUUUUAGUGUGAGAACAAAAGAUAAUUGCUUGCAAUCGGUAUCGUAUGUAUUCCCCUAACCAAAGGCAAUAUAAAGGAUAAGAUGCGUAGCGUAAAAUCAUUUCAAUGGCGCUACGCAUCUUAUUAUUUAUAUUGUUCUGGCCCUUAACCACUCUCUUUCGUUUGUUAUGAGAUUUCCACCCUAUGUUUCUUACCCAAACAAAAACAAAAUCAAAAUGAACAACGUUUGUAAUUAAACUUGGAACGUAUCUCUCUUUAAAAACACAAACAACAAAAGCAUAUACAUAUAUAUAUAUAUACAGUUUAUUACAUAUAUAUAUAUGGACAUACUCAUUAAUACCUAAAACCUAAAGGGAAACUAGUAUUACGACGACAAAGAAUUCCACAAAUUCCAUCAGUCAGUCAUCCAAAACAAUGCGCAUUUCCUCCAAAAACACAAAAGCCACAACAUUUUCCUAAGCACACGAUCUCAUUAAACAAAAAAAAAACGACUCAAUUUAAGAACCAGCUAAAGUCUUCAGUAAAAAAUCAGCAAACACAACACAAGUUCAAAGCGGAAUUGAGCGUGGUGUUCAGGACUCAGACUUGAACUAGAAUAAUCCCAAAAAAUAAAAAAAAACCCUGCGAAUACAGCGAAGAAAAAUUAGAAAGCUAAAUUAAACAAUUGACUGCUGCGUAUUAUACACUUAAAACAAAAUAUAUAUUAAACAUAUAUAUAUACUAAAAGAUAAUAUUGUAAACUCCCAACCCAAGUAAAGGCCGGAUUCUGAACAUGUGCGUACCAAUUCAACUUCCAUUAUACGAUCUAAGACUUAAAUAGCGAAAUUAUUGAAUGAUAUAUGAUAUGUAAAAGCAGGCCAAGCAGAAAAGGACGAGUAAGGAUUGGGGUGAAGGAAACGAAAACGAAGAGAGAGAGAGCAAAGUUUAGUUCUUAAGGCAUACAAAACGAAGUGAAAUUGUUUAUUAAGUGAAACAAAAAAUCUUAUUUAUAAUGAGGAGAGACAGAGAGAGUUGGUAGUUGUGUAUAAUUCGAAUGCAUAUAUACAUUUUAAUUUUUUGUAAUUUAAAGCGAUAAUUUUACAUAUAUAUUAUAUAUAUAUAUAUAUAUUGACUGUGCUCGAUAUAUAUGUGUGUGAAGAUAUAGAUUAUAAUGUAUAUGUAAUGGCUUGGUCGUCGAUGUGUGUAUGUAAAUGUUAUGAUUUUUUGUAUUUUUAUAUAUGAUCUUUGCAUUGCGGCAACAAAAAAAAACCAACAAUGGGGCAGCAAUUAAAUAUUAAAAAAUAAAAAGAAAAACACAAAAACAAGAACAACACACGUAAACUAUUUUAAACGAGGCGCAGCGACGAGCGCCACUUUUUAUGUAUUAAAUUAAAUAUAUAUAUUAUACACUUAUAUACAACCAGAAUAUUCAAUAUACAUACAAGCCGGCAUUGACUCGAGAUCAAAAUAUAUAUAAAAUAAUUAAAAAUCAGCAACGGAUUCACUUAGAUCGUUAAGCGGGGCGUAAGUUAUAUAGCAACCGGCGAUCGGGCGAUCGUACCGGAGCGGGAAAAUAGUGGAAGAAGCGCAAAAACAUUAUAUGCAUAUUCAAAAAAAAAACAAGAACGUACAGUGAAAUAAACAAGCAACGUUUGUAUGUAAAAAAAA